GCCGUAUUUAUUAUUUUCCCGAUAUACGAAAUGGAUGAAGUCUACGCGGAGAAGGAACGCGUGAUGACUACACGUGGCGAAGCUCAACGCCCAACGUUCCCUCAUAAAUACCGAGUAAUCGAUCCACACCGCAUCGGUACCGAAGAUAUUCUCGACCCAGAGAGUUAAAGAAAGAUGGGAGGAGGAAAGGACAAGCACAAGGACAAGCAUGAUGAUGAUACUCAUGACAAAGGUUUAAUGUCUAAUCUAGCAUCUUAUGCUGUGGGAGCUGCAGGACAUCACAAUCAACCUCAUGGAGCUUACCCUCAUGGAUAUCCCCCGCAGGGCUAUCCGCCGCCCCAGGGAUAUCCGCAAGGCUACCCCCCACAAGGGUACCCUCCGCAAGGUUAUCCUCCCCAAGGAGGGUAUCCUCCGGGAGGCUACCCUCCAGGAGCUUAUCCAGGUCACCAUCCUGGAUCUCAUUCAGGUGGUGGAGUAGGAGCAGUCCUAGCUGGUGGUGCCGCAGCAGCAGCAGCUGCUUACGGCGCCAACCACCUGAUGCAUGGCGGAGGUUAUCACGGCGGCCAUGGUGGCCAUGGCAAGUUUAAGCACAACAAGCACGGCGGAAAGUUCAAGCAUGGCAAGUUUGGUAAAGGAGGAAAGCACGGCUUCUUUGGAGGGAAGCACAAGUUCAAGAAAUGGAAGUGAUGACUCGAAGACAGUCGAGGUAUCUACUUCGAACGAGUAAUCUGCUGCAACUACUACAUUUCACUUUUUAACUGCAAGAUUUUCGGUUUCGGGUUUUCGUUGGAUUUCCUGUUUGGUUUGGUGUUGUUUGUGUUUGGUUACAGUUUAUUAUUUUAGCAGUGCUGGAUUUGAUUCUUCUCUCUGGGUACAGCGAGAAUGUGUUUUGUGUAUACAAAUAAUGCAAAAUUAGCAGCAGCUGCAGUAGAUCUAUCUGUUUUGGUGAUUUUAAUUUCGUGUAAGCUUUGGUGUUUUUCUUAAUAAACUUGUGUAUAUAAUACAAGUCUUCUGAUA